GUAGUGUUUGGUGUUACCAUGGAGUCUGGAGAGGCCCGCGGAUGCUGUUUGUUGCCAGGGUAACUCGAGCGGCAGAAGGCAACCGUGGCGGCGGCUGCACAGCUGUGAUGGUGACCAACCCGGUGCACGGCCUGCCCUUUCUCCCGGGCUCGUCCUUUACGGACUCCACGAAAACAGCAUUCCACAGAAGCCAGACGCUCGGCUACAGGAACGGCUAUGCUGUUGUCCGACGUCCGACCGUGGGGAUAGGAGGAGACCGGCUCCACUACAACCAGCUGUCUCAGGCUGAGCUGGAUGAGUUGGCCAAUAAGGCACCCGUCUUAACUUACGGUCCACCCAGGCAGCCCCCUCCUGCAGAGUUUGUUCCUGCUCAUGUGGCUUUUGACAAAAAGGUGCUGAAAUUUAGCGCCUACUUCCAAGAAGAUGUUCCUAUAUCAAUGGAGGAGCACUAUCGAAUCCGCCAAGUGAACAUUUACUACUAUCUAGAGGAUGACAGCAUGUCAAUCAUAGAGCCGGUGGUGGAGAACUCGGGGAUCCCACAAGGCAAGCUGGUCAAACGCCAACGGCUAGCCAAGAAUGACGUGGGAGACCAUUACCACUGGAAAGACCUCAAUCGGGCAAUCAACAUCACAAUUUACGGCAAAACUUUCCGAAUUGUUGACUGUGACAGAUUCACACAGGAAUUUUUGGAAAGUCAAGGAAUUGAAUUAAAUCCCCCAGAGAAGAUGGCUCUUGAUCCUUACACUGAACUCCGGAGAGAACCUGUUCGUAAAUACAUCACGCCAUCAGACUUUGACCAACUAAAGCAAUUUCUCACCUUUGACAAACAAGUUCUUCGAUUCUAUGCCAUCUGGGAUGACACGGAUAGCUUGUUUGGGGAAUGCCGACAUUACAUCAUUCAUUACUACCUCAUGGAUGAUACAGUGGAGAUUCGAGAGGUCCAUGAACGGAACAACGGAAGAGAUCCAUUCCCGCUCCUCAUGAACCGCCAGCGCAUGCCCAAGAUUUUGGUGGAGAAUGCAAAGAACUUCCCUCAGUGUGUGCUGGAGAUCUCUGACCAAGAGGUGCUGGAGUGGUACACUGCCAAGGACUUCAUUGUGGGGAAGCCACUCACUAUCCUCGGGAGGACCUUCUUCAUUUAUGACUGUGAUCCGUUCACCCGACAGUACUACAGAGACAAGUUUGGCAUGCCCGAUUUGCCACGCAUUGAUGUGAGCAAGCAAGAGCCACCUCCUAUAAAACAGGAGUUACCUCCGUACAAUGGCUAUGGACUCAUCGAAGACUCUGCUCAGAAUUGUUUUGCUCUCAUCCCCAAACCCCCCAGAAAAGACAUCAUUAAAAUGCUGGUGAAUGACAACAAGGUGCUUCGCUACCUGGCUGCGCUGGAAUCCCCUAUCCCAGAAGACAAAGACCGUCGAUUUGUCUUUUCUUAUUUUCUUGCCACUGAUAUGAUCAGUAUCUUUGAGCCUCCGGUUCGAAAUUCUGGGAUCAUCGGGGGCAAAUUCCUGGGCAGGACUAAAGUUGUUAAACCAUUCUCUCCGGUUGACAACCCUGUCUACUACGGACCAGGUGACUUCUUCAUCGGUGCUGUGAUUGAGGUGUUUGGCCAUCGAUUCAUCAUCCUUGAUACAGAUGAAUACGUCUUAAAAUACAUGGAGAGCAACGCUUCCCAGUAUUCACCAGAAGCCCUCGCCUCUAUCCAGAACCGCAUCCAAAAGCAGGAUGUUCCCGCACCAGAAUCAGAAAGCAAGCAAGCUACAGAGGAACCCACUGCACAGAACCUGGAGGAACCCAAUGCACAGAACCUGGAGGAACCCAAGGCACAGAACCUAGAGGAACCCAAGGCACAGGACCUGGAGAUUCUGAUAGAUACAAUCCAGAUGCACCUGAAAGACCAUUCCUGCAAAGACAACCUCCGAGAAGCAUUUCAAAUAUAUGACAAGGAGGAUUCAGGAUAUGUGGACAAAGAGACAUUCUUUAAAGUCUGUGACACUCUUAACGUCCCAGUCGAUGACUCUUUGAUUAAAGAGUUAAUCAGGAUGUGCACCCACGGAGGAGGCAAGAUUAACUACUAUAACUUCGUUCGAGCUUUCUCAAACUGACCUGAAUGGCAGGAUGUGAUAUACAUUUUUUGACAUUGAGGAACCUAAU